AUGCCCAAGCCCGCCUUUGACUCGCCAGAGUACCAGCAUGCGCUGGCCACCUGUGUCCGGUGGGACCCGGAGAGGGAGGAGCCGUACCUCCAGCUGCCCAGUUUUCCCGACCUGCGGCUGACGCCGUUCCGCGCCGGUAUCGAGGACGAGUAUGUGACGCUGUUCAACCACAAGUCCAUCGGACAACGGCUAUACACCCUCCCCUGGCCGAUGGACCGGACCUAUGUCGACGAGUGGGUCGCGGGCACACAGCCGCUCAUGAGGGCCAGCGUCGCGCAGCUCGUGGACGCGCUCGCGGCGCCGCUGCCAGACACGGCCUCGGCCGCCGCGACCACGCCGCUCGCCGCGCGCGCCGACGCGCACAUCGCCUCGUUCCCAUUCAAGACGCUCCGGUCCGUAUCGACCGGCAAGGUCGUGGGCGACUACCACAUGGCGCCCAUGACCGAGAGCCAGGGCGUGCACCCGGACAUGCCCGACAAGCGCGCCAGCGACAUCACGCCCGCCGACAUGCUCGCGCUCGCCCCCGAGGCGCAGGUGUGGCAGAUGGGGUACGUGCUCGACCCGGCGUACAGCGGGCGCGGGAUCACCACCGAGGCCGUCGCGUGCGUGCUCGCCGGCUGGGUGGUCCCCUGGAUGAAGGUGGGCAAAAUGUGCGCGUGGAUAGAGUACAACAACCCGGCGUCGGCGGCCAUCCUCAUGCGCAACGGGUUCGAGUUUGUGGCCGACGAGCCGGCCGUCGAGAAGACGGGCCGGUGGCGGUUCUCGGGCUUUUAUGCGCGCACGCUGCGCGCCGACGCGCGCGACGGCGUGCCGCGUGCCAGUGCGGACUGGCGCGCCAAGCGCGAAGAAGCUGUCAAGGUCGCCGCGGUGGGCCUGGCCGAGAUGGAGAAGGAGGGCAAGUCGCGGCCGAUAUAG